AAACUGCGCAGCGUUUCCGGCUCUUCUCAGCUGCAGAGGCUCGUAAGUUUUCGGAGAAGCUCGGGACUGCGCGUCUCGCUUUCCCGGUUCAAACGCCGCCGGUGCGGCGGUGCAGGCUCUGGGCUGGUCAUGGCGUCCCCUUCUCGGAGACUGCAGACUAAACCGGUCAUUACUUGUCUCAAGAGCCUUCUCUUGAUCUACACCUUCAUCUUUUGGAUCACUGGCAUAAUCCUUCUUGCUGUGGGCAUUUGGGGCAAGGUGAGCCUGGGAAAUUAUUUUUCCCUUUUAAACGAGAAGGCCACCAAUGUCCCCUUCGUACUCAUUGCCACUGGCACUGUCAUCAUUCUUUUGGGCACCUUUGGUUGUUUUGCUACCUGCCGAGCUUCUGCAUGGAUGCUAAAACUGUAUGCAAUGUUUCUGAUUCUCAUUUUUUUGGUUGAACUGGUUGCUGCCAUUGUAGGAUUUAUUUUCAGACAUGAGAUUAAGAACAACUUUAAGAAUAAUUAUGAGAAGGCUUUGAAACAGUAUAACUCUACAGGAGAUUAUAGAAGUGAAGCAGUAGACAAGAUCCAAAAUAUGUUGCAUUGUUGCGGUGUCAGUGAUUAUACAAAUUGGAAAGAUACUAGUUAUUACUCAGAAGCAGGAUUUCCCAAGAGUUGUUGUAAACUUGAAGAUUGUUCACCACAGAGAGAUGCAGAUAAAAUCAACCAUGAAGGUUGUUUUCUAAAGGUGAUGGCCAUUAUUGAGUCAGAAAUGGGAGUUAUUGCAGGAAUUUCCUUUGGAGUUGCUUGCUUCCAGAUAAUUGGAAUCUUUCUAGCCUACUGCCUCUCUCACGCCAUAACAAAUAACCAGUAUGAGAUAGUGUAACCAGCAUAUACACAGGCAUAUUCCUCUCCAACUUUAAGGAGUCAACCUCAGGACCUUGCGCUUGCCAAGCAGGUACAGCAGCACUGAGCUACAUCCCUGGAGCCUAAAUUAACUAUUUUUCUUCAAUUUUAGGACACUUAGAUUUCCCCCUUUGAACUCAAAGACCACCUGGAUGGAAGACUAGUGAUAUUAGUUACCAAUAAGCUAAAAAAAUUAUACCAAUAGACUUAUUUAAUCAUUAUAUUUGUUUAGUACAUUCUAAGCCCACCUUGUCCCAUUCAUAUGAUGUUAUUGAAACUUUGUGUCCUUCUGAAACACUGGAAGAGCUAAUAAACUGUAAAUAAAGUAA